UUUUUUUCUUCUUCUCUACCUUUCAUCAACUGUCUAGUUACAAUGUUGUCAUAUCCCCCCUUCCCUCCGCCUCCCCUUAAGGCUCCCCAACCAUCGUCAAAGUUGAUUUUCACCUAGAUCCCGAUCUAGUAGUUGGUGGCACUGGAGAUUACGGAGCCAGCAAGUAACUCGACCUGGGACUUAGUUGUACACUCGUCUGGUGGGACGGCCGUCACACGGGGACCAACGCUACUGCAUACCCCGAUUUCAGUACAAACACAUCGCCUCGCAGAAAUAGCCAGUGCCCCCUAGGAGUUUAUUUCUGGUGAAGUUGGUUUCAUUCAAAUAUUAGCUGGACCCCGCUGACCAGUGGGUUCUGUUGUGUGGUAGUGUUGAUCGACCAGGGAAUGGUCAUUUGUUUUGCGUCGCCAGGAGCGGGACGGCCACGUAUCUGAGCGCGACGGUGUUUUCUUUUGUUCUUUUAGUCCGGAGAGGACACCAUAUUUGAUGAAGUGGACAAGACAAGGUGGUCAUAGCAAGUGGCGGUCAUUCAGCGCGACCUGUUCGGUGUGUCUGGUCUGAAGUAAUACAACUGUUUCUUGUGGGGACAGAAUCACAGAUCUAAAGAGGAACUCCCAUUACGUGUUGUUUCGAUAUGACGUCUGACCUCACGGCGGACUAAGUUUGAAAUCUAGACACAAACUCACAAACAUACUGGAUUUAAACAACUGGACAACUAUUGCAAUCUUUUAAAGGGCGUUGUCCACGGAUGUUGAUCUAAUUGUGACAAACAUAAGAAGCGAACCUCUGUGGAUAAUUCAUCUUGGGGUUCACGCUUUUUUUUUUUGGACUUGAACCCCCGACGCUCACAGCCUUAGCGAUGAUGCUGUCGUUUUGCGAUGCCCGCCAACCGCGGAUGUUUCCAGACUAUUCGCCCUAUGGGGCCCCUCACCAUCCACGUCCUCGGAUGGACCCCACCAAUGAUGUGUUUACAUGUCUGUUCGGUGAUCUGUUUGUCAAAUGCUUCGAUGAUCCCGGCGGCAUGGAACACAUGCCGCACCAUUACCGUUCGCUGGACCACUCUCCGACGGACGGAAUGGGUUGCGGCAAGGCUCGCAAGAAUAAGGAGGACAAGUAUUGCGGCGUGUGCGGGGACAGAGCCCUGGGCUACAACUUUGACGCCAUCUCCUGCGAGUCUUGUAAAGCUUUCUUUCGGAGGAACGCACCUAAAGGCUUGGAGUACUUCAAAUGUCCUUAUGAGGAAAAAUGUAAAAUGGACGUGUCUAACCGGCGGUUCUGCAAACGUUGCAGAUUACGGAAGUGCUUUGAAAUUGGCAUGCGCAAAGAAUAUAUCUUGACGGACGAGGAAAAGAUGAGGAAGCGACAGAGAAUCGAAGAAAAUCGUCAAAGAUCAACUGGAAAGCAAACCCCCACCGAAUGCAAAUUUCGUGAUGUGGAGAGGAGUAAAAUGCAGAGCAUGGAUAUCUCAUCAUCUGCUGCCCCACGAUUGCGGCCCCUGGAGCCAGAGGAAGAAUCAGCCAUCAAUGAAAUUGUCAGUGCCUACCGCCAGAGCCUAGAAAUCUGUGUGGAGUCUGAGGUUUCUCGGCACCACCCCUCCAUGAUAGAGCUGGUCAACAUUGCUGAAAUUAGCGUGCGCAGGGUCAUUGACAUGUCCAAGAAAAUCAAGUCCUUCAAGGCGCUGUCUCAGGCCGACCAGAUCAGCCUGCUGAAAGGUGGGAGCAUUGAGUUGCUGAUAAUUAGGUCAGUCAUUACGUUUGACGUGGACAAGAUGCAGUUUCUGGACCCUUACGACAAAGAGAAGUACGCCAUGACGACGGAUCAGCUUAAAAUGGGUCAAGGGUCUGGCCUGUUUGACGAGCACAUGCGCUUCGUGAAGAGCCUCGCCAUUGACCUCCAAGCAGACGAAACUGUUCUGAUCCUUCUUCUGAUGAUCGCUCUCUACUCCCCAGACAGGCCGCAGAUCACUGACAAGCAUUAUGUGGCCGAGGAGCAAGAGCGCUACGCUCUGCUUUUGCUGAGGUACUUAGAAUCCAAGCAUCCACCCCACGUCAUAAGAUGGAUGUACCCUAAGCUACUUAUGAAGCUGGUGGACAUUCGCAACCUGAAUGAGGAACACUCUCAGGUGCUGCUGAAGAUUAACCCAGAAGGCAUUCAGCCCUUGAUGAAGGAAGUCCUGGAUCUCAAUGCGGAGAAAAACAAACUGGCCAAGUGUGAAAAUGACCACAACACCAAAAUUGAGCAGCACCAAGACCAGCCAGACCAGCCAGAGUGCAUGUCCAUUUGUUAACCUCUGGACAGUUUAGGAUGGUGUUGUCUGGUCGCUCUUUCCACUUACAUUGUGUGUGUGUGUGUGAAAUAUCUUACGAACGAAAACAACAUCAAACUAUUAUUGUUAUCAUAGCGAACAGGUCAGCAUAUCUAUAUGUCUUCAGGUCAGCAUAUCUAUAUGUCUUCAGGUCAGCAUAUCUAUAUGUCUUCAGGUCAGCAUAUCUAUAUGUCUUCAGGUCAGCAUAUCUAGAAGUCUUCACUUGACCCUCUCCAUGGAGAUGUUCAGUGACAUUGCUGACCUGUCCAGCAUGAUGACCACUCUGAGGAACCCUUUGAGACAUGGAGUGAGGCAGGCCAUAUCUUGCCACUUAAAAGGUAUUGACACUCAUUACUAAUCUGUGGAUAGCCAUCAGUUUCUCACAGACCAGAAGAGAUGGAGAGAGGAACAGCAGCACCUAUUUGUUUUUUUGGUUCUGUCCAUCUAGGUCAGUUCUGCUUAUCAUGUCCAGGAUUAUACUAAUAUCUACCAUAACAUUGGUCAGUCAAACCUAAGACAGAGACAGUGCAAUAGACGAUUGUGACUCUUAAUGGACUAAUCUGUUAAAAAGUAAAAAAAAAGAAAAUGUACAAUAAUGUGGUAUAUUUUUAUGGCUUCAAGGUAAUAUUCUUAGAAAUAUUUCUCUCCCUUUGUUCUGACAAAAGUCCAUCUAUACGUUACAUUUUUGUUUGUUGGUGGUUUGAUAAGAGCAUUGUCCCCAAGGCCGACACGUUGUUAGUGAAUGGUAGACAUUCAAACUUGUAGACUAUUUCAAGAGUGUAAAUUUAAGAAAAAAAGUUCUGUUGAGCAUUUGAAUAAAAUAACUAUGCUGCCCCGCUAGGAGGCUGGGACAAGUUUGUUCUACCUUGUACUGGCGUGUGUCCUGGUUCAAUUCUAGUUAAUCUAUGGUAAUAAAACAAGUACUUGUUCUUGGAACAACUCAAGACUAUUAUUUAAGGGCCUGGGUUUGAAUCCUACAUCAAUUUUGGUGAUUACGCUUUGUCUGGACCAGUUUGAUUUAUAAUUGUGCUAUAAUGAUAAUAAAUUUGCGUUUCAAACAUUCUGGCUUAGGAUAAGAAAUCAAUAUGAUAAAGUUGUAUAUGCUAAUGGUCAGCUUGUCCUUGUAAAGACCUGGGGCUGGUCAGACAAGAUUACUGUUGACAAACUGAGAUCAUUGCAUUAUGACCUGUGUGUAGAAAAUGUGUUGUAUACUUUUGAGCUGAGUCUUAAUUUUAUUUCCCAACCAUAUCAAACAGCGCGAUCCACUUGCACUUGACCACACGUGUGAACCACAUCCACACACUUCAAUUUAUGGUUCCAAACAUGCGAGGUCAGGUCCUCUUUCUGUUAUGACAUUUAUAGCCUUAUUGUAUAUUAUUUUGGAAAAUCUCGCGUCUCUAUCUUAGCCAUAGUUUCAAUGAAGUGACCCAAUACAAUUUAUGGAUUUAAAUUAAAUCUUUUUUUUUAAUACUAUAAGUUAUAAGGUAGGAUAGGUCUUAAGAGCCUAAACAGGCUGUAUCUGGCUGACUUUAGAGCUCUAAACAGGCUGUAUCUGGCUGACUUUACAGCUCUAAACAGGCUGUAUCUGGCUGACUUUACAGCUCUAAACAGGCUGUAUCUGGCUGACUUUAGAGCUCUAAACAGACUGUAUCUGGCUGACUUUACAGCUCUAAACAGGCUGUAUCUGGCUGACUUUACAGCUCUAAACAGGCUGUAUCUGGCUGACAGCAAGUAUCUUAAAGCAGGUCUAUACACUGCUUUUCAAACAGUCAGCAGAUAUCUGGAGGAAAAUAUUUUUUUUGCAUUGGCAUUUAAGUAAAAUAAGCUUGUAUCAUUUUCAGCAUGGUAGGUAGUCAGUGGGGGUGGGCAGAGGAGAAAGCAACUCUUUCAGAGUGCCUGGACAAAGUGUGCCUGUCUUUAAGUGCACCUGACUUUGUCUCAGGUGCAGUCUUUCAAAUCGAAACACUUUUUUUGAUUGUAGUGUUGAUUUUUUUUUUUUUCUAAUAAUUUCAUUACAACAUAUUGCUGUAACUUGUAACUCAUUGUAAUCAUUUUUUGUUAUGUUUCUAUUACUGAUGAUGACAUUGUUAUAUGUCAAGACUUGUACAUUAUUUCAAAAGAAUUAGAACUCACACAAACAAAAAAGUUGUUGUGGGUUUGUAUGUGUGUGCGUGAUUUCAGUUUUGCCAUAACACUAAGACAUAACAUAAGAGACGCUACUAUCACAAUGUAUAGGCAUUCAUUUAUAUCUGUAUACUUUAUGAAUUUCAUGGCGACAAACGAAUUCUUUUAUUUGAUGGCUGCAGCAUUGUAUAUUGAUGUGUUUGUUUUAAUGAUUUGAUUAAUGUCUGUUAUUCAACGGAGUAACUUCACUGUACAGAUUUGUUACCCACUUCUCUAAUCUCUAUUAUUUCAAUAUCUCUAUAACUAACUAAAGAUGUGUAUAAAAACUAAAGUAUUAAAUCUGUAUUGGAUAAGAAAUGCUGUAAAUUGUUCUUGGACAAGAAGUUUUAAAGUUUAUUUUCUUUGACUGAAGUUUUUUAUUGGCCUGUGGUAUUUUACUCUUUUUUUUUCAUAUCAUUUGUCUCUUUGGGGACACUCAUUGUACACUUGUAAUCAAUUGUUUUGUUGAAUUUAUGUUUUUAUCCUUAUACAUUUAUGUUUUAAGGACAUCAAAAGUAAAAAGUGUUAAUUGAAAUUCACAUGAAAGCAAUAGUCGAGUCAAAGAGUCUAUACAUUGGAGAUGAAAUCAAUGCAGGAGACAUCAAGAUGUUUACAUUGAUAUUCACUUAGAAGUUUUGAAAAAUGCAUCUUCUCAAAUCUUUAAAAGAAACAAAAAAAAAAUCUUCAUGAAAUAGUAAAGGUGUUUCCCUUUUUUUAGUGAGAGAACCGAAAAUGUUACUUCCCCUCCCCCUUUUUUUUUUUUUGUCUGUCCUUGACAUCAUUUGCAUAACGUUGCUCUGUUUUAACUGUUUUACAACACAACCUGUAACAUAAAAAAAAAAAAAAAAAACACUUUUAUAGAUUUCCCAUGAUUCAAUAUACUUGAAGCGUCUCAUUAACAUACUGAUCUCUUGUCAUCAAUGAAGCAAUAAAUAUUUAUAGCCUAACACUCUCCCAGUGAGUCCCUCCUCUUCCAUUGAUUUAACAAGAAAAGAACAAAGAGAAUAUUUUUUUUUUAUUAUCUUAAGCAUUAGGAUAAUCAAAUUUACUUUUGAGCCUACAAGUAGUACCAAAAUGUACCCGUGUUAGGAUAAAAAAAAAAUGUUUCAUCAUUUAUGUGCCAUUAAUUUGUUUCUUUUCUUUCUAUUUUUUUCCUUUAUGACUUUUGAAAUUUAAUCAACUUUUUUUUUGUCAUCUGAAUGGUUAAUUAACCAACGGCAGAUUUAUUCUCUGCAUGUAUGAUACUUAAAAGUUUACACAUUAUGUAUUUCUCUCUCUCCCCCCUCUUUGUGUACAUAGUCCAAUGUAGUGUGUCCACUAUUGUUGCCUCCCCUGUCUUUGUAGAUCCCUUGUUUCUCUGUUGCCCCUGAUAAAAUGGUUGACUGACAAACAGGGACUAGUAACUCUAAACAAAAAAAUAAUAGUCAUUACAAAAUGACAAGUUGGUUAUGUCCCUCAUUCAUUAAAAACACAAUGUUUGUAAACUUUUGACUUUUAUUCUUGGUGGAACUUUUAGCUUGUUGAAGAACACAACAGUUUGUUUUAUUUAACUGUUCAUUAUUUUUUUUUUUUUACAUUAGCCAAGUUAUGGUUACAUUUGUGUGUCAUAGCUAAAGCAAUGAUAUAUUGCAGGACUUGCACUUAACACUAUUCAAAUUCAGGAAUGCAUCAAAGAGUAUUUAUAUAUUCGGUGUUGGUGCAUAUGAAUAUUGCAAUUACAAUUAAAAUGGCAAUGACUUGUUUUUACUUCUGUCUUAAAUAGAUUUUUUUUUUAAGAAUGUAGAAACAAAUUACUUCAUUUCUGAAUUUAAAACUGCUUAAAAAAAACACUAAAAAGAUUUUGUAGAAGAGUGAGUCCAUAAGCUAGAGUGUACAUUACAAAUUCUUCUAUUGUAGUGUCUAUUUUGGAAGUAUUUUGUUUAGAAGUGUGAGUUGUUAAAUAGCAUGUACAGUUCUACUUUUCAACCUUGGUCUUAUAGGAUCAAAACUGUUGGAAUGAUUGAGUGGGAUAGUGUUCGUGUCUGGUUUAUUUCACAAUUUUAAAAUCUGUUUUGUUUUGUCUCUAACUACAAACUUUUUAAAUUUCUUCUAUAGCUCUUCAUAUGAACUUCCCAAAUUGAAUUUCUUUCAACUUUCCUUCAUUGUAGACAAGCUCAUGGAUGAAUUCAUCAAAUUUUGUUGUAGAUUCUUUUCUUACAACUCAUGAAAUUGUGUGUCUGGACAAAAAGAAUAAAUUUUAGCUUUCACCUUUUCAUCUUAACCACAUAAUGAAAAGUAAUAACUUUGUUUUUUUAAUCACAACAAUAGAAUCAUUACAAUUGACAUCUAUGUCUACUUGACCUACUAACCUACUUUUUUUCAGAAUUUGUUUUCCUGCCUUUUAAAAUUUGAGUAAUCUUACUUUUUCAUUAGUUAGGAUUCGAAAAUAAAUAAUGCAGAACUCGCAAGAUGUCUAUUUUUUCUGUGGUGAAAUAUUCAAAUCAGUUCGCUAUAGAUUUAGAUUGGAAUGAGACAUUUGUUAUAUAAGAUUGAGACAUUUGUUAUAUAAGAACAAUGAUCUUAAGGUAAAAAAAAAUGUAUAUGGAAGUGAACUUUAUUUAUGAGUUUAUAUCAUUGGGUUAUUCUCCCUCUUGUUCAUUUUAAUGAAUAUCCCUCAAGAUUCGAAAUAGAAAAGGAAAAGAAAAAAAGCUUAUAUGAGGCAAAAUAUAUAGCAUUAUGAACAAUAUUUAUUGUCCAGCAUUAGUUGUUUUUUUCUUAAUUUAUCAGUAUAAGUUAUACAUUAUAAUUAUUGACAUUAAUUAGCAUAUAAAUAUACAUCUUGUGGAGUAUUGUACACAGUAAUGUAAAAAAAGAAAUGUUUUUUUACUCUUUAUAUAACCUUGCCUGACCUUUCAACUCAAUUCUCAUUGGCUGAAACAAAUUUUUCUCCAAAACUCUUGUCUACUAAUUUUAGCAUACAGUAAAACUGACAACGUUGUUUAGACAGAUGUUGGAACUUUAUUAUAUAUAUAUAAAAUGUUUAGGCCAAAUGUUGGUAAAAUUGCAAAGGAUGUUGUGUCAUGGAAUAAACUUGUAACAUUUACAGUGA